GUGAAGUCAGAGGAAGUGGUCUCCCAGUGAAGAAUUAUGAGGCCUUGUCUCUACUAAAGAAAGUGUGCUUCAGAAUUUCCCAGGCUUGAUUUUAAAUGCAAGAAGAGAUAACAGAAAGCCUCUUAUAAGGUGUUUGCCUUUAAGCAGGGCAUUUCCAUAUUGCUCUGCAGACCAUGGCCUCUAGCCUGAAGAAUUUCAUUCAUUCCCUGGAUCCAAAAUCCCUACCUCGGAUUCUGCAAAUCCAGUCUGGCUUUUAUGAUGAAGGUGAAGUUUCAUCCGAAUCAUCUAACUGUUUGAUGUAUGAAAAGCUUGGCCAUGAAUGCUGUUUGUCCACAGGCGACGUGAUUAAAGUUGUUGCAUUAGACAUUAAAAAAAUUCUUGCAAGUAAUCAAGGAAGUGAAGAUGCAACCCUACAGUCCACUACAGUAGAGCUACCUCUAAAUUUUCCAGGUCUUUGCAGGGUAGUGGCUGAUAAAACUCCAUAUGUCAACGUUCAAGAAAUUGUAAACAAAGUGUGGAUUGGAUCAACACAGCACGAACAGCCAUGCUUCUAUUGCUCUAAGGAUAUGCAGGUAGAAAACCUGACCAUCAAACAGGGGGAGAAAUUUGUAUUUAUGUCUGUAGAAGAUCCCAAUGAGACCCUGACAGUGAAUUGUGAAGUAAAGAGGAAUGGCCAGGUACAUGCCUUUCCUUUGCCACUUUCUCAAGAAGGUGAUUUCCAUGAAUGUCAAGAUGACCAAAUAUACACCCUGGAAGAGGUUGCCAAAUGGAAAAUCCCAAAGAGUCGAACACGGAGAGUCCUGUUCAUUAAUACUGGCAAGGCCGGAUACUCUCCUGAGCUGCUGCCUAAGAAUUUUGGAAGCUGCGUAGUUCUAGAAGCAAUAUACGAACUCCAUGCAGUGAUGAAAUUUCAAAAAGAGAUCGUUCACUUCCAUUCUGAUUUAGAUGUGGAAGUUGAAGAUGUCACUGACCAUUACAAUAUUAAUAGUUUCCUCCAGCCAUUAUCAGUGAAAGAUUUAUUAGAAAGGGCAGACACUGGAUCCCCUUUUGUUGUUGCUGUAAUUGAAGGCUCCAUUGGAAACAAGCACUCUUAUAAUUUGCUGUGUCCUGGUAGAGAAAUAGUAAUUUAUGAAAGAUGUCAGGCAGGAAGAAUCUUAGCAUCUGAAAUCAAGAAUAAUUCCUCUAAAAGACACUUUUUAAUUCCUACCAGCUACAAAGGGAAAUUCAAAAGGAAACCUCGGGAAUUCCCAACUGCCUAUGACCUGGAAAUAGCAAGGAACAUGAAGGAAAAGCUUCAUGUUAUAGCCACCAAAGCUUUUGACUGUCCUCAUGAAGAGAUGUGCUCAGUUUCUGUUGGAGAUGAGUUUUUGAUUCCAAAGUACCAGAAGAGCCAAGCUGUUGAAUUUGGAAGGAAGUGUGUAGAGGCUGCAUUACCCUGUGAACAAAUUAUCUUGCCAAAGAAAGCCAAUAAGACCAUGCUUCUUCCAAUGUUCAUGGAAGGGGGCUUCACUGAAGUAGUGCAUGAUAAGAAGCAAUAUGACCUUUUAGAGCUUUGCAACUAUUUCCACCUUCCACUAAAUGUCACAGUUGCCAUAAGGGAUCUCUCCAUCCAGGAGGAUAUUUUGGCUGGCAUUCCCUGUCUGCAGCUUGAAGAGGAAAUCAUUGAUUCUUGCUUGUUAAUCAGCAAUUUCAAUAAUCCCACAGAAAUCUGGGAAGUUUCUGUGCACUGUUUAAAUAUGUCCUUCCAAUUUCUGAGAAAACGUCCAGAAGAUAUGGUGCAUUUCCCAAUAAAGUCAAUUGUAGAAGAGAUUACAGAAGAGCAAUACUAUAUGAUGAGAAAAUAUAAAAAUCAAGCCACAAACCCACCACCCAGACCUCCUAAAAUACACAUUAUAGAAGAAUCCAAGUCAUCUUAUUCCACUGUUCCAGUUCGCUAUCUUUUUGAUACACCAGAAGAUGACAAGAAUCUUUAUGGAGACACCACCAAGAAGUGGACUUUUAACCAGGCUGCUUCUGGGCCAGGCUUACAGUCAAGUUGUCAAAGUGAUUUAGAGCCCCAGGAGAAUAAGGAAGGCAUGGAUGGGAUAGCUACAUUAACAGACCAUAGGAGGAUUAAAGAUUCAUCAAGCAGCAUCUCUGUGAAGUUCAGAGCAGAACAGAAAUCAAAGGCUGGAUCUAAUGACAAAGAGGAGGAGAAGAAUAAAAAUAUUACAGAAAAAAUUACCAAAAAAACUCCAGCAGAGUACUCUUAAUAGUACUCAUUAGAGAAGAGGGUCAAAAAUGAGUCAUCUGGAAAAGAAACACCAUGCUUUGUCGAAAAGGAAUGUACUAUUGCCUACACAAUUUGCUAGGGAAGCAGCAGAGUUGUGGAAAGUAGUAGGAGAAGGUAUUUCAGUGACGAUGGAAAGGACCACCUGAAAUUCAACAAUACUAAUUGAUAAUAAAAUUAAUGGGGAAAUGUUAAAAAAAAUGACUAAAUCUGUUAAAUAAUUUCUCCCUGAUUUAAAAUUGCAGAAAUGAUUUUAUCUUGAAAGAAAAAGAGGAAAUUACUUCAUUCAUGCAGUAAUAGAUGCUGGACCUUAGUCCUUCUGACUGCAAUUGUAUAGUCAUGUAUUUUAUCUAAACAUACAUUUAACUCCAAAGAGUUUACUUCUGCGAACAAGCAUAUAGAAUUGUGGUACUAGACUCAACCAGCAUAACCAACCACUGUGCUCAAUUUUUCCCUCAUAACACAGCAGUUAAUCGGCAUCAUCUGUUAUUCCUGAUUAUUUCACACAUAAAUAAUCAAUACUUCUGUGCUUUGCAGGUGGUGUGAUAAGCAGAAGUCUGCAGAUGUCAUAUUUUCCACUGAUAGGUCUGGAGAUCAAAAAAUGCUUACUUAGCCAGUUGGGGGAAAAGAAAGAAAAUAAAUGAAAUGCUAGAAACUCAAGUUUUCCUAAAGGUUGGGGAGAAAGAUGCAGCUUCCUUACUUAGACCAACACAUUUGCAAUCCAUAUUGGCUAUAG